ACUGACUCGGAGGGAGGAUUCAUCGAGUUUUUCGACUGAUGUGAUUCCAUCCGACGGGAUCAGGGGCGCAGUGAGACAUCCACGCGUUAAAUGUCACCACGUGAUUCUUUCAAUAUAUCACGUCUCAUCAUCCACUCUUCCCCGCGCAGUACUAACCGUACAGUCCCCUUCAAUGUCACCCAGACGGUGACGACCCCGAGGCUAUUCAGCUGGGCCUACGCCUGGCCCCCAAGCCCAGGCGUCCAAUGUGCUAAUCCCGGAACGGACCAAGGCACUACGCCUGUCAAGAAUAGUCUGGUUCCACGGAUCCUCGCAAUAAAACCAGCCGCCUCGGGUUCUGAAGGAGCAUCGAAUCAGCCCCUGGUCGAGUUCUGCCGCGCGAAUCACACGAAACGCGAGGCUACCACCUCGAGUAUCAAUGCGAGGACGGUCCCGGCUUCUCGCCCUGCUGAUGGAGUCGAAAUUUGCUGUCUUUUCGCAGGACGCCUGAUCCAUGUGGUCCCUUGCAUGGAGGUUUGAGACUGAGAACCGAACGAUGCAGUGGGAUCUUGCGCCGAUGUAAUGCUGUGCGAGGGUGUUGGUGAGUCUGUUGAAUUGCGCGGGGAAGCCAUGCUCCCCUUGUCAGUCAUCCAUUGUCGCUCCGUCCUGGAAGUAGCCGCCUAGAUUCUCGACGCGCCGACCCCAGACGGCGAGACUUGGUCACAAACCCACAGCGGAGCUGACUGGAAGAGUUGUGUCGUGCAACCCUCAACCAGGGGUAAGGUGCUGAGAUAGGGGUAAGCUGUAGAUGUUGUACCAAGUGAUUUUUGUGGCAGAGUGGAAGAGCUCCCUCGAGCAAUGCAG